ACUGCACUGACCCGAGAGCCGGUCUUCGACUGUCGAAUGCUAACUUUGAAUCUCGACGGAUCUCCUCCGUGUUUUUACGCGACCCGUGUGUGCGCGUGUGGGUCAGUGGUGUGUGCCGCGUCCGAAUAGCUCGUAAACUAAAGGAACUGUUACCGUUCGAAUGUCAAUCGCCGCGUUCACGACAUCCGCUUUGAAAUUUGUUUUCUCGUAUACGGUUUUCGUUUCUAGUUUUGAAUGAGAUUUUCGUUUUUUGUUUAGUGAUCUAUUUUUGUUGGUGCGAUCACAGGAUUUAUAGACUAGACCAAUCAGACAUCAUAACCAUGAGGAUUUUGCCGUUCGUUUUCCUCCUGCUCAUGGGAAUGACAUGGAGAUGUGUACAAUCGACAUGUGUUUUCGAAACAGAUUUUGGGCUGUCAAUCAAUUGUGGUCUAAAAAAAUCUGGAUUAUUUCGCGUGAGAAAUCUCGGGGGCCUUAAAGGAUACGUUGGACUUGGAAUACAAUUGGCCGACGAACUCGGAUUUAAGGAAUCGCUGUCGUCUUUGGAACAAAAUAGUAAGCGUCGUUCAGUCAAUGGGUUUCCAGUACCGGGAUCAUUCGAACCCCUACAAGCCGUAUCGCAAAAAAACAAUCAUGCAUCGAACGCUAUAGCCAACAUUGACAAUCAAGACAGAUCGGCUUACGCCAAAAUGAACGGCAGGAAUUCUGUUGGCGUGGUCACGGUACCGCCUUUCCGGCCACUGAUGGCUGCGGCCAACAACAUGGUACGCAAUGUCAGAUUGGCUGCCCAACAGCAGCAACAACAACAACAACUACAACAACUACAACAACAACAGCACCAGCAGCAGCAACAACAACAACAACAGUUAUUGAAGCCACUGCCCGUGCCAGCGUUCGCCGCCCUUCCCGAGUCCAUAGCCAAAGUCGCAGUGGAACCACCGAAACCUUCGCCGUUCGUCGGUGGUCAAAGGCAAUCGCCGAUGUCUCCGGUGGCGACGCCGACCGUCGGCCGACUAACAGGGCCGCAGACGAUGCAACCCGCGGUCGCGCCCGUCGCUUUGGUGCAAGCUCAACGUCAGACGAUACCAUCGACGGUAUUCAUAUCUCCACCGCAACAGCAACAGCAGCUCUUAUCACCGAUGUUUAUUCAACAACCUCAACAGCAGCCGGCGAUGAUCUUGUCGCAACAACCGCAACAACAGCAGCAGACGGUGAUCGUGCCUCAGCAACAGACGAAAGUGAUCGCGCCGCAGCAACAGCCGUCGGUUAUCGUACCGCAGCAACAGCAACUUUCGCCGGUGUACUACCAUAACGCCAUGCAGCAAGCGGCCAACAGACGUUUCAAUGCGUUCGGUCAAAGUCCACAAAACUCAGUUGACGUACGACCGAUAAUCGUGAUGCCAACAUUGCCGGUGACUGAUAAUAAUCAAAAGAAGCAAACUGACAGUAAUUCACCUCUAUCAAACGAAGUAGACCCGGCGUCAAUGAUGUCGUUAUUCAAUGUAGCAGCUGCCAACAACGUGAGCGUUGAACAGCUAGCCAUGGCUCUCCGACAUCGACAGCAGCAAACGUUUUACCCGAAGGCCAUCGACGACGUAACCACACCUACGACGACCACGAUUGUUACCACGUUGCCUACCACGACUACCACUUCACCACCACCUACCUCAGCAUACGUUCCGGAUGACCAACAGACGGUCGCCAAGAAAAUACCUAUUAAACCGUACAAGUCAAAAUACAUGAGCAACCACAAGGUUAUGAACGCACCCAAAGAAUACUAUCCUGUAGGAUACGAUAAGAAUUUCGAUGACAACUUUGUAUCCAAAGUAGAUCUUCCCGACACGACCUUCAGUUGCGGCGAGCAGAAACAUUUCCCCGGAUUGUAUGGAGACGAGGAUUUGGGCUGCAUGGUGUUCCACGUGUGCGCGUUUACCGAUGACGGUCUAACGCAAAAGAGUUUCCUGUGCCCCGAGUCAACACUAUUUGACCAGACCAUACUCAAGUGCAACUGGUGGUUUUAUGUUGACUGCAAGUCAUCUAGGAAGUUGUAUGAUAGCAACAUUCCAAUAUCGAAAAGCUAUCAGCUGAUGAAAGCACUAACAUUCUUCUCAUCGUACUCAGCCGGUCCAACCAUGGAUGCUUCUGUAGCCGCCGCCACCGCUGCUGUUUCACGAGAUACAUCAGACGAGUCGAACAAGUCCGAUCUCACCACCAAUUCAUCGCAAUUUGAGCCCGUGGCAAGUUCGUCAAUUUCAACCACCACCACUACCACCUCCACCGAAGUCCUCGAUAACGUGUCGUUCCGAAGAUGAAUGGAUACUUUGUCCUAAUCACACCCAUAAACAAAAAACAGAAGGCCAAUUUUUUAUUUUAUUUUUUUUUAAGCGCACACGUUUGUUAUGUAUACGACGUUUCGCAAAUAUUUAAUAACUUUAUUUUGUUUUAUUUAUUAUUUAAUUUAUGUAUAACGUUCAUACGGUUGUAACAAAUAGGUUUUAGUUAUUUUAGAUAUUUACUAUUUUUGUGAUAUAAUAAUAUUAUUAAAUAUGAACAUUAUAUAUAGGUGAUAUAUACAUGGUAAUAUUACCUAUAUAAUACACAUAAUGUUUUUUUAGACGCUUCAAAUAGUCAAAUAGUUUUCAAUUUGCUCAUUUUUUAUAGAUAUUAAUAUAAAAUAUGUUUUAUAAUUGUAUGUUAUUAUGUAGUAACAAAACUUUUAUACAUUUAUAUAUAUACAUGCAUAUUUUUUUUACUAAACAGUAUUAAAUAAUUUUACUACAUAUUAUAAACUUUCUCAUCAUUUAAAGCUAUAAUAAUUGAUUAAAUGUAUUUAUGCCCAUAUUAAAAUAAUAAGCUUAAUCAAAUAGUAUGAUGUAGAAAACAAUAUUGUACUUAUACAGCAUUGGACAAUUAUUGUCUAUUAUGUGAGAUAUAAAACAAUAAAUAAUAUAUUACACUAUAUUA